ACCUGCACCGCUGGAGAGCCAGAGGAGAACCGGAGGAAGGACGAAGUCUGGCAAAGAGUCAUCGCAGAGGAGAGCGACUAAAAACCACUACAGGAAGAAACAAUGCUCCCUAAUAUCUCCGUUUGUUGUUUAUCUCUGCUGCUGGUUAAUUUCAUUGCGGCUAAAUCCAUUUCUGACAUGCAGAGUUUGACGCAGCUUUUAGAGGACGAGAUCAGCAACAUGCCUUUCUCCUCCUCCGAGGUGGAGGAGAGCGACUUCAGUUCAGACAAGUCUUUGCUCGGAGCUCCAGAGCAGCAGCAGCAGCAGCAGCAGCAGCAGCAGCAGCAGCCAUGGAGCUCCUCCGACCUCCACAGCUCUGCGCUGGGGGCCAAAGAUAACGCGCUGGCACGUUUUCUCAAAGACUUCCUGAGGACCUCCAAGCGUUCAUGGACCCGCUACAAGAAGGGGGCCAUGAGGAGCUGCUUCGGGGUCCGUUUAGAGAGAAUUGGCUCCUUCAGUGGACUGGGAUGCUGAGCAGGUCCAUCGGUGUUACGCUGGAGCCCGGUCCGCUCUCACAGAGACGACACCGAGACAUUUAAGGACAGCCACCGCAGUUAUCGUUCUCACUCAGAACAUGGAUUUAUUCCCUUUCAUUGUGUGUGUGUGUGUUUUUAAAUGAAAGCAGCUGAAUUCAAA